CCCCAACCCCACUUCGCCCAUUUCAUCUUUCUGGAACGUUUAAAAAGUAUUCCCAGGUGAUGCAUAGAAAAGAAGAAGAAGAAGCAAAAUCAUGUCAAGAAGUACAAGGCUUUUUUAUGUAUCACACACACAAUACCUGCUACCUACCUAUCAUCAAAAGUCAUAGUCAUACAUACCUAUCCAUUCAUCCUUCGGUCAAUUACUUAUUGCCCAAUCAUGUUAACUCCUGAACAUGAAGAACAGCUCAAGAAGCUUAAAGAGGUGAGGAUCUUCUCUGUUACUGUCAUCAAACAUCUCUUGAUAUGUUGAAGCUUACAAUGUGAAAAUAGCUUCAAGCCUUAUAUGCCGAACAUGCAGCUGCGCAAAAUCAGCAAGACCAACAAGAUGGAAUUUCUCGUCCAGAAAGUAGAGAUUCUGCUUCUUCCGACCCUAUGAUCUUUCCUGGCUUGUAUUCUCCCAGUGGCUUUGAUUUAUUGCAAAUUCUGGUAUGUCUCAAUUCCAAUCCAAGCUUUGAUUGCAUUUGCUUUUGAGGCCCUCUCAGACUGCAUUGAUAUUAAUGUCGCAUAGUAUCAAGUUCAACGUCGACCAAAUCCUACAUAUGCCUUGGGAAAUAUCGAUAGCGGAGUAGCUCUGGUUCUAUGUGAUUCUGCACGUCCACAUUGUCCUAUCGUUUACUGCAGCGAACCAUUUCAGCUUUUAACAGGUUACUCCCAAUCGGAAAUCAUUGGCAAGAAUUGCAGAUUCCUUCAAAAUCCAUACGAUCCCAACACGUUCGAAAUUCUCGGUAAUGCUCCUACGACCAAGGGUCUUCAAAAUCCUACAAAUGAUCCAAAUUCCAUGGCGAAAUCAACAAUUCGAAAGGCUUUGGAAUGUAAUUUGGAAGCUCAGGUUACUCUUAUUAAUUAUCGAAAGAAUGGAGAGAGAUUCCUUAACGUUUUGACAACGGUUCCCGUUAAAUGGAGGACAAUGGAGGGAGAGGAAAAGAAUUACAUUGUUGGAUUUCAAGCCGUGGCUCCUCCUAUGUUUAGAACUCCAUUUUCUUGAGGAUCUACUGGAGACUUUACACUAUUAAUCUGGUUGGUCUGCCCAACCAAUUUGAUGCAACCUUCAUUGGACUUGAUGUUUACAUAUCCUCUGAUUGGUACUGGCAGGGAGGGAGGAAUUCUCGUAUUUUCAGACUUUGAGCAUAGGUUAUUGGAUGAUACCCCCAAUUUCUAACAAGAGAUCUUGGGCAUUAUUAGAUGGUCAUUCGAGGAGUAUAGGAGCAAAGCAUUAGGUCUGGAAGGGAUAAUACAUAUGGGAUGGUACAGCAUGGCGCUGGUGGUUCUUUGAUUUAGUAGCUUAGGCUAGGUUUAGUCUGGGCUUUUGGAGUUUUGGCUAGGUGUCGUCUGUUGAUAUGGGAUGAGAGGGU